AUGGCAGCAGGUCUGCGAGUUAUCCGAGGACGCGAUUGGCUGUCGGGUGACGUCGACGGGGGUGAAGGUCAUCUCGGAACGGUGGUGUCAUACGGGAAAGAUGAAACAGCUGAAGUCAUCUGGGACAAUGGAAAACAAGCUGUGUCGAGUAUUGGGAAGGACAGCAAAUACGAACUGAGGCUUGUAGAUAAUGCUCCUGUAGGAGUUUUCCAUCAGACUGUCACUUGCGGCGGCUGUGGAGAGAUCGGGAAAGUGUGUGACCGAGCACGAGAGAUAGCAAACCGAGAGAAAAUCGAACUUGAGGACUGUGGUCUAGGCAAGGAAGGGACUGUAGUUGUUGUGCUCAGCUUUCAUUCUACGUCACACAGAUCGGCUGUGAGUGUAGCGUGGGAUUCAGGGGAGACAACCACGUGUCGUGUGGGUCACCAAGGUCAGGUGGACGUCCAGUGUGUCCGUGAAGCUCUUGGACCAGAUAUCUACGCUGAACAUCUGCCACUUUUAGAUCUUGCUGGUGUCAGAGCAGAAGUACACUUGACGUCUCAAGCAGAGGGUGGAAAUCUUCAAGGAGCCAUAGUGCCUAAACUGAAGAAGGGCGCCACAGUGAGGAUUCUUGAUGACAAGGACAAGGUAAAAGAAUUGCAGGACGGUCACGGGGAAUGGAUAGACCCUAUGGAAGAGCCGUACGAAUCGUCAGAUGAGGAAGACUCAGACCCAUACGAAUCGUCAGAUGAGGAAGACUCAGACCCUCUCGGCCUGUUGAAAACCUUGGCAAAAACGCUAGAACAGCAGACUCAACUGCUAGGACUUCUUGGGUCAGAUGAAGAAGGGGAGCUUAUGUCAUUGAAAGGAGAGGGGUCAAACGAAUUUUUACAAGCAAUUAAUGAUUCAGAUGUGGAGAAAGUUAAGAAGGUUUUAGAGAGAUUUCCAAAACUAGUAACUGCGCAACCAGACAAUGGCAUUACAUGUCUGCAUAUUGCAGCCAAUGAUGGAAAACUGGACAUUGUUAAGUUUCUGGUGGAAAAAGGGUUUGACGUGAACGCUAAAGACCUGUCUGGAAACACAGCUUUUCUGAAAGCUUUAAAAAAGAAACACGUUGACGUCUCACGCUUUCUACUUGAAGCUGAUACUGAUCUAGAGAUCAGCAACGACGACGGCCAAAGCGCUAUGCACUGUGCUGUGUAUGCCGGAGAUGCGUCACUUGUUCGUGAUCUGAUAAUGCGAGCUUGUGAUGUCAACGUUGUGGACAAUUCUGGCGACACUCCUCUCCAUGAUGCUAUAGGGCAAAACGAGACCACUUGUGCAGAAAUGAUUCUGAUGUCACCAAACCUUGACUUAACUAUUGACAAUGAAAAAGGAUUUAACCCUCUGCAGUGGGCUGCGUUACACGGCACAUUUGGUGGCACAUUAGUUGAGAAAACCAUACUAAGAAACAAGAGUCUUAUUGACGUAAAAAUGGAAGCUGGGUUCGCACCUCUUCAUAUUGCAGUAAUAAACGACCACACAGAAGCAGCACAAAUACUUAUCAAACAGUGUCAUGGUUUACGUUUUAUGACAGGAAAAAGUAGUCCAUAUUUAGGUCAAGUCAAAUGCAGUCAGUGUAUCAUCCGCCAGCUGCACGUGAAAUCUUUAUGA